AUGAUUUUAAAAGCUGCAAUGUGCCUCUGUUUCAUUAUGUUCACUGCUCAUCUCAUCGGAAUAGAAGGAUUCGGUGGAAAACCCAAACAGGAUAAAUGUUACAAUCACAACAAUAAACUUUUAUCAUUGCUUAAUUUAUUGUGCAAUUCAACACAAAACUCUUCAAUUACUGUACGUGAUGCAUGUUACGGGUGCUUUUUUCGCGUUGGUGUUCUAACUCCGGGUGCUGCGCUUUUGAAUCAACUAAGUCAGUGUUCAAAUAUAUAUUUAGCCAAUACAAGUUAUGCUGGAUGUGCUUCACAGUUAGCCACAAUUGUAUCGGGAGUACGACCAACAACAGCUCCUACAUAUCCGUUCUUAUGCUACACUGGAUAUUGCGAAUUUGUACGAUGUGUUCGUCGCAUUAAUGCAAAUGUUUUGGUUGACAAUUGCCUCAUCGAGAACAGCAACCGUAAUUUGACGACACAACAAGACCGAGUAAAUUACUAUACGAAUAUAACGGCAUGUAUUCUGGCGAGAUCACGAUGCAAUGCAUAUAAUCCAAUCACCGGAGAACUUCAGUCAGGCAAUAAUCUGUCGCCACUGCUUCAUUUUCAAUCAGGCGUCCUCUCGAAUGCACUUCAAAUAACAACGAGUGGAGAUAUUAGAAUCGUGUCAUUCUCACAAAAAGUUGGUGUUUCGGGAUUGUUUUGUGCCACACAGACGAGUUUAGAUCAGGCGGGUUAUGGUGUGACGACAUGCUAGACAUGAAUGAGAAGAGAAAUGAGAGAAACUGUGAAAUUUAAAACUGCCAUGAUGAUGAUUAUGAUGGGAUGGUCUUCUUGUUC